CCAAACAGUGGAAAAGCGACUCCGCUGCAGCGUGGUGCGUGUCGAAAUGACGACCCUAGUUCUGGAUAAUGGAGCUUACAACGCCAAAAUCGGUUACAGCCAUGACAGUGUCUCGGUUAUUCCCAAUUGUCAGUUCAGAUCCAAAACAGCACGUCUUAAAACAUUUACUGCUAACCAGAUUGAUGAAAUAAAAGACCCUUCAGGACUCUUUUACAUUCUUCCUUUUCAAAAGGGAUACUUGGUGAAUUGGGAUGUUCAACGACAAGUUUGGGAUUAUCUUUUUGGAAAAGAAAUGUAUCAGGUUGAUUUUUUAGAUACUAAUAUUAUUAUAACAGAACCAUAUUUUAACUUCACUUCAAUCCAAGAAUCAAUGAAUGAAAUCCUAUUUGAAGAAUAUCAGUUCCAAGCAGUAUUAAGAGUAAAUGCUGGUGCUCUCAGCGCACACAGGUAUUUCCGGGAUAAUCCUUCUGAGCUGUGCUGCAUCAUUGUCGACAGCGGCUAUUCCUUCACGCACAUUGUUCCUUACUGUAGAAGCAAAAAGAAAAAAGAAGCAAUUAUUCGGAUAAAUGUGGGUGGAAAGCUCUUAACGAACCAUCUAAAAGAGAUCAUAUCCUACAGGCAGUUGCAUGUGAUGGAUGAAACUCACGUGAUUAAUCAGGUGAAAGAAGACGUAUGCUAUGUGUCGCAGGAUUUUUAUAGAGACAUGGACAUUGCCAAGUUAAAAGGAGAAGACAAUACAGUGAUGAUUGACUAUGUUCUGCCUGACUUCAGUACAAUUAAAAAGGGCUUUUGUAAGCCCAGAGAAGAGAUGGUGCUGAGUGGGAAGUAUAAAUCUGGGGAACAGAUUCUUCGCCUUGCCAACGAGAGAUUUGCUGUUCCAGAGAUACUCUUUAACCCCUCUGACAUUGGCAUUCAGGAGAUGGGGAUCCCAGAAGCCAUUGUCUAUUCAAUCCAAAACCUACCUGAAGAAAUGCAGCCACAUUUUUUUAAGAACAUCGUUUUGACGGGAGGAAAUUCCCUUUUCCCCGGAUUCAGAGAACGUGUUUACUCAGAAGUUCGGUGUUUGACGCCAACAGACUAUGAUGUUUCUGUCGUGUUGCCUGAGAACCCCAUCACUUACUCCUGGGAAGGUGGGAAGUUGAUAUCUGAAAACGAUGACUUUGAAGAUAUGGUGGUUACAAGAGAAGAUUAUGAAGAAAAUGGACAUAGUGUCUGUGAAGAGAAAUUUGAUAUUUAAGAAACAUUUCUGAAUAAAAGUCUUGGAAAGUUUA